CGUGUCCAAGCACAUAUCGGCUUCGAGAGCUAUCCUGACAGGGAGAUAGACGGGUGUGUUUUUGGAAACAGCAGGUUUCCAUCAAUGGUGUUACUAUGUAAAUUUCUAGCUCUGUCUUGUGUAGUUCAAAUUUCAAUCGCGCGUGCCCAACAACCUGGGAGCGACAUUUGUAAUUGCUUCGCCGUUCCGACAUCUUCUGCUUGGUUCAAAAGAAUGCACGGCCGAUCGAUAACAUCACACCGUUUAACGGCGCGAUAAUUCGGCGAGAAAUUACAAGCCGCACUCGUAACUGCCAUAACAAUCGAAUUUGCUUGACUGCAAAUUCCUUUCUUCGUGAAUAGAUCGCUUCGACCCAGUGCCGCGUCGAGAAUUUCGCGGAGAAAACGAGAAGUUCAAAGAGGGCUGGCGAAGAUUAGUAUUUUUUGGCCUAAAUGUGACCACGUGUUAAGAGAAAUCGCCUUUGGACACGAUAACAAUGACUUUGGAGAAAUUGCGAUGAACGUUGUGGCUGCAUAGCGGUAUUUAUGGCAAUAUGUUUCUUGACUCUAUGUUCUGAGGUGUCAACUCGAGUAACAUUUAACAGUGUUAUCUGGCGUCGUGUACGUGCACUGUAUCUACUGCUACAGCCUCUGUCAGAUGGCAUCAGAAUUCUCUUUCAUAACGUGAGCCACCCAAGUUCGCCGUAUUUAACAGAUCGUAAAUUGGAGUUAGACGCUUUAUCAGGGAUGUCCUCCAUGACAGCGACUCCUGAAAGGCAGAACUCUUCGAACUAUGUGUGCGGAAGCAACAGCACAAACGCUACCACGGUCUACCGCGACCCACAGACAGGCUCCAUCACCCUGUCCGGCAUCAAGCCUCAGAUUAUGGCGACGCAAGAAGCGAGUGCCGACAGGUUUGUUAUCAACGUUAGUGGCUUGAAAUUUGAAACACACGCUCAAACGCUAGAACAAUACCCGGAGACCUUGCUAGGGAAUGCAGCCAAGAGAAGUAAGUACUACGAUUCAGGUCGGAGUGAGUACUUCUUCGAUCGCAAUCGGCCUGCUUUCGACGCGAUUCUGUUCUACUAUCAAUCCGGAGGGAAACUAUUACGACCAGCGAAUGUUCCUAUGGACGUGUUUGCUGACGAGAUUCGAUUUUACGAGCUCGGCGAGGACAUUUUACACAAAGUAGAGCAGGAAGAGGGUUACAUUGAGGAGGAAAAACCCAUUUUACCCGAAAAUAAACUACAGAGGAAGAUCUGGCAAUUGUUUGAAUUUCCCGACACGUCUUUAGGAGCACGUAUCAUUGCCAUAUUUUCAGUUGUUGUGAUUACGCUUUCAAUAGUGACAUUCUGCGUCGAGACCCUCCCUCAGUUUAGGAAGGAAGACGACGGAGAAAAACGAAAACAGCCGUGGUUUUCGUUGGAGACAGCGUGUAUAAUAUGGUUUACGUUUGAAUACUUGAUGAGGCUAAUCUCGUCGCCUCAGAAGUUGGUUUUUGUACGAUCGUUUCUGAACCUCAUCGAUAUUGUUGCUAUUUUACCUUACUACAUAACGCUACCGAUGCAGGACACGAAGGCGUCCAGUUUCGGGGUGUUGAGGGUGAUCCGUCUGGUGCGCGUAUUCCGGAUUUUUAAAUUAUCGCGACAUUCCAGAGGACUACAAAUUCUAGGACACACAUUGCGCGCAAGUUUGCGCGAGCUAGGGCUUUUAAUUUUCUUUCUUCUCAUCGGCGUCAUCUUGUUCAGCUCGGCGGUGUAUUACGCGGAAGGAGGCGAGACGGGGACGCAUUUUAGGAGCAUUCCCGAUGCAUUUUGGUGGGCCGUAGUCACAAUGACGACGGUUGGUUAUGGGGACAUGAGACCCAUCACUGUAUGGGGAAAGAUCGUAGGGUCACUAUGCGCCAUUUCCGGCGUGCUGACCAUCGCGCUUCCGGUGCCUGUUAUAGUGUCGAAUUUUAACUACUUCUACCACCGAGAGAACGAACAGAGGGCGGCUGAGGCCAGCAAGAAAGAGAAGGACCGCAAAGAGCAAGAACGAAUCCAAAGGGAGAAAGAAGAACAAGAACAGGAACGAAAGUAUGGGACGGUUGAUCAUAAUGGAAUGAACGGCCCCGAGUCGACAGGAAUUGAGAUGGAAAUGUUAACUUCACUGGACAGUAUUCCAUCCAAUUUCAACAAAGGGCAUAAGAACAAAGCCAACACGGCUGUCGUCUCCAAUUCGAUGCCUUUAGUCGACUAUCCCGAUGCUACUAUACGAUUUGAAACGGGGGUGUGACUAAAAAAGCCUUCCCUCUUUAUAGCUAUUUAAUUUGGAGGUUUUUGGGGCAGGAUUGGGAGUCACCACAACUUCCAGAUAACAGGACUGCGUCCAAGAAGGAGCAGAGAGAGAGAAGAUCACCGAGAGCUGAAUCCCCAAAGACCUACGACCAUGCGAGCAGGCGAUUUGCGUAGCAAUUCGCGCUUACCAGCAACACCUCGGAAACGCCAAUUGUGCCAUGCCGUGAGAUUUUUCCUCUCGGUAUUUCGUGAUGUAAAGAUAAAUUGCUAGCGACCUGCUGUUAGCAGGGUGAAACAAAAAGACAAGGAUCUCUACAAUGCUGUUUGGAAGGAGUGCAGCAAAACAAACUCCUGAACAAUCCAAGGAUUCGAUGCCUUGACUUCGAGAGAUGGAUGAAUUCAUUUUUUUUAUAUAUAAAAUUCACUAAUUUAUAAUUGAUAUGCUGCACAAAAGGAAGCACAGUGCUUCGGCCAAAGAACGAUGAGCAAAAAAAAAUAGUUUGUACAUGAAUUAAAGCAAAGCAGUUCUGCUGUGAAAACGAAAAGCGAGUAGAUAGACAGAUAGCUAAAAUAAUGCAAUUCUUUGCGGACAGCUAAGUGGUCCAAUUCUUAUUUUAUUCUUCGGUUGCCCUAGGUGAAAAUAGUACGAGCCAGAAAUUCUUGGCUCGUAUACGAAAGUUCUGAAUAUUUCGACUGAAUUAAGCGGUUUUUUUCCCCUACCAGUCCAGCAUGUAAUGUAAGGCCUUUUCCAAACCUUAAAAUGCCAGAAACUUAAAAUUACUUGAGCUGAAAUUUCGAUCGAUUCUUGGAAGGGAGCUGACCUGAUUGCUGUUAUGAUAGAAGUUCGCGGAGGUAAUAUUUGUAAGGAAUUUUAGGCAGUGGCAAAACAUUUUCAGAUUCCAAACCCUUAAGAAAGUGUCUUUGGGUUUACAUGUGGUUUGUGAUUGAACACGAUGGAGGAAAGAGAAAAACAGAACAGAUCUAUAGCGAUACAAUGAUAACGCUGACAUGUUGUGUAAAACAAUGUUGAUUGAAAGGGAUUCACGCGAAAUUUGAGGUAACGUCAAAAUAAUUUGUGAAGGCUUAUAGGAUACUGAACAGAAUCAAAAGCAUGUAGUUUGGGAACUUCAAAACUAAUCAUGAAAUAUAAGUAUUCCUGGUGAAAUAUGCGAAGCUACUUGCAGCAAAACCAUAUCAUAUCACUUCGGAGCUGCGAUGGAAAAUUUUAAUAUGGAAAUAAAAAUAGUUUCCUGUCGGGAGUGAGAAAUGAUUUUUAACAAACACUGUGUACCAAUAAAGAAUUUUGUUCAAGA